AUGGAUAAUAUGGAACAAAAUUCAAAUCGCACUUUUAUUCAUAAUUAUCCAAAUAGCAAUAUAAUUACUACCAUCUAUUAUGAAAGUGGUGGCAAAUCUCAUUUGAGAAAGUACAUUAUUCAUUCGUUAGGUAUUUAUCCUUCCAAUGUAAAAAAAAUAAAGAGAACAUCAAAAAAUUGCCCUGAAUAUGAAAUACCAGAUAAUUAUAAAGUUGAAACAACUUUAGAAGGGUAUGACAUUAUUUGUGAAACAAAUUAUUCAUCUAAUGGGACGGUAAAGUUUAUACUUAACUGGAAAGAUUCACAAGGUAUUGAUCGAUAUAUCUCAAAUAAUAAUUCUGCAUCGGGUGUUGGCAAAGACUUUUUAAUGGUAAUUUAUUGA